GUGCUUGUGCUAGUAGUGAAACGGCGUUGGACAAUGGAGCCAAGCCGGAUGUCCCGUUUAGACCAAAUGUUGAUGGCACAAAAUCAGAUGAGGGUUUCCCCGUUCUCUCGUUUGAGCAGCUGGACGGGUGGAAUGAUGUCAACAGGAGGCCUCUGCAACAAUAUGUAUCAGAACCUGGGGAAAAGCAUGCAAAUGGUGACAGGUCCCCAGGGAAAAUAAUGGAAAGACUACUUGCUUUCUGUAACAACCAGACUGCGUCUGCGUCAGAACCUGUGAAAAGUCCAAACUGCAUUAGCCAAAACAAUGUCUGCAACGGAGUGAAUAAAAAGAUGGCGGCAAUGCUGCAGCUUGACCAUCAGGAACGUCCCACGGUUUACAUUGACCUGCGUCGCCCUGACCCCUCAAUAAAACCAGGAAGAACAUCCACAAAUCUUUCCUCGGGUUGCAACACACGCCAGGAAACACCACCCGCAAAGAAACACAUUCCCAAAUCACACACUGGCUCGCAUACAGGGGGCAGGGAAAUGACUGGCAAGGGUAUGUUGCUUCAAAAAAUAAGGGAGAUGAACAGAAAUAGGAAUCCACGUACUGAUGAAUGUGCAGAUCAGACAAAAGCAGAAGAAAUGGAAGACAAGACACCUCCGCCUUUGAAGGCUACGUGUAGCUGGGACCCGCGACAACAGCCUUCACCUGUCCAAUCCAGAAACAUGGAAAACCCACGCUGUGUUCAUCAAAGUUCAGACAAAGAAACAAAGCAGCAGAGUGUCCAGCACAGAGUUAAGAAGACGUCUCAACGCGAUCAUGGCCAAAUUCUCGCACAGCUGGAAAAGCGUCGUCCGACCAAAUCCGUGCGCCUGAAGCAGCCGGCCGCUGAAGGCACGGAUGUUCUUUACGAGCCUGAAGCGUCUCAUCUGGAGUCCAUCAGCACACUACCGGCCGACAUUACAGACAAGCAGUGCGUGCUGCUGAUCGUCCACCUCUCCAGCCCCGGUGUGGUUGUGGACGGAGCUCAGGGCAAAAGAAAACAUCUGUAUCCAGCUGCAACCGGAUCACACAUCUACAACACUUUGGUGGCCUGGUUUCUGUCUUUGGCCGGAACAGACCCAUGUCACCACGAUGGUGCAAAGGUCCCGUUCAUGGUGGCUGGACUUCAGCAGCUGUGGACAGAGAAUGGAUUGGCUUUGCAUGUUUUGGCCGUGGCCCGUCGCAGUUACACAACAGGGAAAAGAGAUACAGACAUCCAUACACUAUUCUACAACCACGUCUGCCGGUUCCUGUCUGAGACCUCGCUCGCUGCAGUUGCCAGCUGGCUGCCUCACCUCAAAAACCUCUUGGAUCAGGAACCCUACGUCUCCCACGUCCUCCUGCCUUCCUCCUGUUUAAAUAAUUUCAUCUCGGCCAACUCCGGCGAAGACGUUAUAGACAGGACAUUCGGUCUGAGCGCUGGGUUUUACUGGCAGACAGUGGAAACUCAGGGGCAUGUGAGCAAAGGGAGAGAAACCGCACAGGAGCUGCACACGGAGGUAUCGGUUGUGCUUGGAUCCAAGGACUUCUUUCAACAUCCUCUCAUAACACACUACACCCUCCAGCUGGUGCUCGACUCAGGACUUGACGUGUGUGGUCUGCGGCUGCUCUAUCCCCCUCAGGAGCUCCUGAGUGACGGUGUUGGUGUUCUGCCGGUUGACACAAAAGCUGAUGAGGCCGGUCAGGCCGCCAUCGUUGCCAUCGCCGUUCGGGGUCCUUAUGCCCACUCGUUGCUGAAGGGUUUAACUGGUUCCUUAGAUCCUCUGCUAGGGAAAGGGGCAGGACAAUCUCCCACCAACCGACUCCACUGCAGAAACCGUGCCCAUCAACCCAUCCACGCGACUCAAGUGGCCGGUCGGGUCCACGGAGAGCUGUGUUUGUGGUUUUCAGGAAGGGUUCAGGGAGGGAGUGCACAGAAUGAUAACCAGCGUCUGAAAAGAGUUCCACCUUCAGUUGAUGGCGAAGGAGGCAGCUCGCUCAGUUCCAGCAGCUCAUCCUCCUUCCUGUGCGCUACGACUAAAGCUGAUUUACUCCUUGUGGUGUCGCCUGCGGUGCCUCCGUGUUGCUAUGGCCAAGUGUUGGCUGUGUGCGAACGCAGAGGCUUCGGCCUCCGGGGGCUACAGAGGCUACAGCUUCACAGCCACGGUGCCGCCGUCCUGGGACUUAACAACCACCAGAGGGGUGUGUUCUGCACUCCGCCUGCUGACCACCUGGAUCAGGAGCAGCUGACACUACCCUCUCACUGUCUGGUGUUAUUACUGAGGAAAGAGAACGCACUGCGUCACUGCGUCACCCUAACAUCAGCCCUAAUGAGGGAAUUUCGAGCUCAAAAUCUCCUGCCUUACAUCUACUCCGGCCACAAUCGCACACUUGAGCCAAGCUUGUGUUUCCACGCUGCGCCAUACAACAGUAACUUGUUCCACGUCUUUGUUAGGCCCAUGUGGGCAGUGCCAGAUCCGUCCCACGUGAUCCUUUCCCACCAGAAGUGUCCGUCCAGUUUCGGCACGGAGCAGGUGGUGAUUCUGACCCUGAGCGGGAAGGACAUGAGCCAAGGCCUGAGCCUCCUCCACAGAUUGUUGAUAGAUGGUCCAAAAGGUUACGGACCGCGUGCCGGAUUCGAGCUGCUCGGCCUGAAGUGGCUGCCCACGUUGACUCGACUUCAGGCCCAGGAACUGAGUCCUUACGAGGCGGGAGAGCAGCUCUGCCACGGCAGCGUGGACACUCUGCUGUCAUCUCCCGCUCUGGUGUGCGCUCUGAGAGCGACCGACGCUUUCGCUUCACUGAGGAGGCUCCUGCCGCGCAGCUACCCUCGCAGCCUGAGCGUCCUGAUGUCGCCCACGCCCGAAGUGGCCCUCAGACAGACCCGCCUCUUCUUCUCCGAUCGUGAAAUCACCCCCGGUCGACGGACGCUGCUCACCGCGUGCGUCUUCAAACCGAGGGACUGGGGUCGCGCCCUGGCUGAAAUACUCCGCAAAAUCCGGCAGAGAGGCCUCGUGCUGGUGGGCCUGCGGGUGCUGAACCUGGACGAAAGUGACGCUGCUUCGCUAUUACCUACAGGAAGGGAGCAGUGUCUGUGCUCUGGCUCCUCAGUGGCUCUCUGCCUCCGGGGGGAAGAUGCUGUGGAGAUGUUGCUGGACAUGCUCAGGAAGGAAGACUCGUCUCUGUGGAUAAACUGUUAUGGUUCGGCAUCACAUCAACAAGCAGUUAAGGAUGUGAAGAGGCUUUUCCCAGAGGCGAUCUGCUGUAUCGACACCGUGAACCGGGAAGAGGUACUCAGUCUGUAUUCAGAUCCUUCGGCCUCUGUGGAGCGUGAACAGAGCUGCACGCUGAACCAUGCGGCCCAUGAAAGUCUACCAACAUCUAUAUCAGAACUGAACACAGUACCAGAGUGUCUGGCAGACAGAGCCGUCUGGCAGACAACCUGUCUGCUGAUACCCUUGAACGUUCCGCCACGCAGCCAAGCGCCUUCCCAGCUGGAGAUGGUGGAGCAGCUGCUGAGGUCAGGCUGCCAUCUGGUGGCGGGGAGGAUGAGCGCGCCGGACGAGGAGCAUCGAAGACGCGUCGCAGAGACGCUGGCGGCGUCAGCGAGCGGAAGGGCGAGGGCGACUCACUUACACACAGCCCCUUGUCUCAUCCUGGCUCUCCAAGGGGAAGAGAUUGUGACUGGCUUUAGGCUCAUCCUUAAAAGCAUUUCCAAACAGAGGCCAGACCUAGAAGUAGUGGCCAAAACAGUUGUCUACCCUGAAAGUGACAAAGAGGCCAAACAGCUGAUACGCUACCUGUUUGGCUUAGAGUAAGCAACAUCUGCGAGCAUCUUCAAAACACGAUUUCCCAAGAAAAUGCAAGGUGCAACUCAUUUUAUUAAUGAAGGUUCUGUUCCAGAUACUAUACACAUCAUUCAAUCCACAGUAAAGCAAUAAACAAAUACAAUUUCCCACUCCUCUGCCGUCUGAUUGCGUCCGAAACAAAAGGGAGUCACACAUUUCAGAUGAAAAAAUUAUUUUAAUUCUCAAGAUGAUAAAAAUAAUUUUGUGAACUCUGUAAACCAUUGCAUAACUGUAGUGUAACAAUUUAACAAGUGUUAACAAACUAGUAAUACACUACGGUAAAUAUGCGGUACACAAUCCUCAAUGUAGAAAAGAAACACCUAGUAUUCUAAGACUUGCACCUGCUUUUGUGUUCACAACACAAAAAAAAAAAAAAUAUAUCGAUUCCAACAGAAUAAUUUCUACAAUUAUCAUUAUAGAAUUUCCUACAUAUGCAUACAGCUCGUCACAAAAUAAGGGACAUAUAUAUUUGUUUAAAUCUAUAAAUAAUGUCUAAACCCACUGACGUUAAGUAAAUAAAUCCGUGAAAUGCAGUUUCCUCAGAUUUAACACAUUCUCUAUCAAAUCGCCGUCAUACCCUGAGAAAAAUACUUUCCUUAUAUUUUCUCAUUACGCUGACAAAUAGAAACUUGAAAACUUGCAUUCGUUUUAGUUCUAAUAAAUUUUAUUGAAUAGCAGUUCACAACUAAGAUGCUACAUCAUAAUCAAUUAACUGCGCUCCAUAAUAUCCAGUGACCUAUUCAUUGAAUAUCUAAUUUAGAACAAUACAUUCAAUAUUUCAGGGCUUCAAUGUUAUAAUAACAUUUCUACUGAAAUUUCUAAAGUACAUGGAACAUCUGGUUCCACAUUCAGAUUAUUUACUUUUGUCUUUUUACUAGUAUUUUUUUAUUAUUAUUAUUUGAACAGCUCCAUACUCAUAUACAUGUACAAGAUUGCAUAAAUCUUCUGGCUCCAUUUUUAUAAUGCUUAAAAACAAAGAAGACACAACAACUAACAAUAAUGCAAAAUAGAUUAAACUACUCCAAUGCAGAGCAUAAUGAUACAUCUAUUACAGUUCAUUUACAAGAUUCUUCCUAUUUGGUGCUUUUCCUUACAAACAGUUGGGUUUUUGGUGACGAAUCGAGAUCAAAACUGUGGAUUCAGUGGUUAGAUAUUGCUGCAUUUUCUUGUUUUUUUUUGUUUUUGUUUUUUUUUUCUCAUGGCAAAUACAGACUGAGAUUCUUAUCAAUUAGCUUCAUUCGGACAAAGUGGUGAAGCAAAUCUCAUUAUAUUAGCCUCGUUUUCCUUUUAGCUCACGUGGCCUGAAUGCUCAGGACACUUGGCAAUCACAUUGUGGUCCACAAAAAUAUCGUAAGGCACUGGAAUUUUGAUUCUAAUUGAACAGGUUAGAAUUUGUCCCUUCAAUCGAUCCACAUUGUGUAAUUAUAAGAAGGCACAGAUGUAUUUGAAAGUGGAAUUGGUCCAUUAAGAGAUACAAUUGAACAAAAGCUGUGCUUACCAAGCAGUUUUUUUUUUCCUUUUUUACAUUUCUUCCUAGAAAACUUAAGAGUUGGGGCAAGUAGACCUCUUGAGAGACAACAAAUUGUCUUAAGAACUCAAUCGUGAUUACGUCUGUAUCUGCCAUUGAUGCUUCACAACCGUCAUCCGUCCCUGUAGUAACAAAACCUCAUUUGGACCACGACUUUAAGAAACAGGAAACAGAUUCUGAUAAAGAGAGAGCACCUUACAGUCACUGCAGGCCCGUCAUAACAGUAUAUAAUGCAUACCCAUCAAUGUCAAAACUCAUUCAGAUUACGCAGUUAAGCAAAAUCAACAAGGUUUACUUCAGAACAGAACUGUAGUGAAGUUUCUAUGGCCACUUCAGAAGCACAAAUGUCAUUCACCUGUGACAUUCCUUCACUGUAGACAACAAUUAAACUGACACUGAAUCCUCGCUUAAGGUCAGCAUGUGCUAGCCAGUAUUGCACAAUCUGCCAUAAACGCCAAUGUUUACGUAACACAUAAUGUACAAACACACGUUUUUGUUAGGAUCCGACCCAUGCAUUUUUGAUCAUGUGUGUAUCACUAAAACUUUAGCUAGAAAAGGUUGCUAUUAAUUACGGUUGAUGAACGUUAUCUAUUUAAGGUACUAGGUGAUUUACGACUUUAAAUCAAUGCAGGUUUCUUAAUGAAGUACAACAAUUAAUGAAAUGUAGUAGAAAAUAAACAAUAAAGGUCUUUGGUAAAACUGCAAAAAAUGGGCCUUAGUCCAUUAAUGUUGUAAGCAAAAGCCAUUGGCAUAGUCCUGUUGUUGACUCCCUUCGAGGAUGUACUUCCUACUGAAUGAAAUAUUAAAGUACAAAAUUCAUCCAAAAACAGAAUUCCUGACACUCUCACAGCUGGACUUUAUCUCAGCUCUGACCUGUUAUUCAUAGUCUGGGGCAAGACCUGCCCGUGUUCACAACUACAGGCUGAUCUGAGUGAUGCUUGGAGCAUUUAUCUGAAUUCUGUUUGAGGGUAAAUUUUCCCUUCACAAUACAUUUUUGAACAGCUACUGUACAAGAACACCACUUUGGUUAAUUUUUUUUUUUUUAAAUUUUCUCACUAGACAUCAUUAAAUUAGUUUGUUUCACAGGCAAAACAAAACAGACCAAAGACCCUGUGAAUUAGCUGCAUCAUACACCGUUGUCCAACGUACGGGAAAAAAGAAAUCCAACAAUAACAACAUUUACCUCCAACUGAUUAAAAAAAAAAGGGACAAUCUACAGUAGUACAGGCCCAUGACAUCAUUCUAAGUGACUAACAAAAGUACUGAAACUUUUGACUCAAAUGAAUUUACAACUGUUCAAUCUAAAAA